CAUCCAGCUGCUGUUUCUGAGAAGCCCAAUCCCUCUCUUCAGUUUUUCUGUCUUAUCUUGGCUCACAUUCAUUACCACACCAAGUGACAGUGGCACUAACAUUGACUGGGCUGACGAAGAGCUCACAGUCAUGGGAAACAGGCCUCGCAUUUGUGGCAUAGCUACUUGAGAUCUCUGCCUGGCAGAUUAAAAGGCAAGGAGGACUGGUCUUACCUCCUUUCUGAGGGCUGCCAUUCACAAGACCUCUGGGACCGUCUGUAGCCCAAGACCCCUGUGCUGCCCUGUUUACCCCAGACAUCUUUCUGGGGUCCACUUGAGGUCAGCAGCGUGAAGAUGAACUGUGCCCUCUUAGCAUGACGACCUUGGACCAUGUCAUUGCCACCCAUCAGUCAGAGUGGGUCUCCUUCAGUGAAGAGCCAUUGUUCCCCACCCCUUUAGAGGGGGGCGCUGAAGAGCACUUCCCAGGACUGUCCUCUUCCUCAGAGCAGUCUGAGAGCUCCUCUGGGGAGAACCAUGCAGUGGACGAAGGCUCCCAGGACCUCUCACACUCUGAGCAGGAUGACUCCUCUGAAAAGAUGGGCCUCAUCUCUGAAGCAGCCUCCCCUCCGGGGAGUCCUGUGCAGCCCACACCCGACCUGGCCUCCGCCAUCAGCAACUGGGUCCAGUUCGAAGAUGACCCGCCCUGGAGCAACACCUCCCCACCUCACAAGGAAACAGCCCUUACAUUGGCCAUGCCCUGCUGGACAUGCCCUUCCUUCGACUCUGUGAGAAGAUGCCCUCUGACGUCGGAGAGCAGCUGGACCACCCACUCUGAGGACACCAGCAGUCCCAGCAUUGCUCCUUCACACACAGACCUGCAGCUCAUCAGUGCUGAGGAGCAGGCAAGCGGCAGGGCUUCCAGGACCGCCUCCACGGACAAUUCCUCUUCCCUCCAGGAAGAUGAAGAAGUAGAAAUGGAGGCCGUCGGUUGGUGGGCAGGCAGCCCAGCCGUGAACGGGCAUCCCUCCGCUCCACCAGGAACCACAGCUCGGUUCCCCAGCUGGGUCACUUUUGAAGACAAUGACGUCAGCUGCCCUUCACCGCCAGUCCCCUCUCCGAAGAAGCCAAAUUCCCCAUCUGUUGCAACUGCCAUCCCAGAUGUUCCUUUCAACUCAACUGGGUCAUUUAAGAGGGACCGUCCCAAGAGCACGUUGAUGAACUUAUCCAAAGUUCAAAAGCUGGACAUUUCCUCCUUAAACCGUCCACCGUCUGUAAUCGAGGCCCCGCCCUGGAGGGCCACCAAUCCUUUCCUGAAUGAGACUCUGCAGGACGUUCAACCCUCGCCCAUCAACCCGUUCAGUGCUUUCUUUGAAGAGCAGGAACGGCGCUCACAAAACAGUUCCAUUUCCAGUACCACCUGCAAAAGCCAAAGAGACUCUCUGAUUGUCAUCUACCAGGAUGCCAUCAGCUUUGACGAUUCAGGCAAAAGCCAGCCCCACCCCGAUGCUAUUGAAAAGCUCAAGCAACUCCAAAUCGACGAUCCUGAUCCUGUUGGCAACACAGCCCUGCCCGACGACGACCCCGCCGCCUCAGUUGAACUGGAUGCUCCCUCGUCUGCCUCAGCACACUCUCGGCACAGGGAUGGAUGGCCAAUGAUGCUGAGAAUCCCGGAGAAGAAAAACAUCAUGUCCUCCAGGCACUGGGGACCGAUCUACAUCAAACUGACAGACAGCGGUUACCUGCAGCUGUAUUACGAGCAAGGCCUAGAAAAGCCAUUCCGGGAAUUCAAGCUGGAGAUCUGCCACGAGGUGUCGGAACCCCGGCUCCAAAACUAUGACGAGAACGGGAGGAUCCACAGCUUGAGGAUAGACCGGGUCACUUACAAGGAGAAGAAGAAAUACCAGCCCAAACCUGCUGUGGCCCAUGCAGCUGAACGGGAACAGGUAAUUAAACUGGGCACCACCAACUACGACGACUUCCUGAGCUUCAUCCACGCAGUCCAGGACCGUCUCAUGGAUUUACCAGUGCUGUCAAUGGACCUGAGCACGGUCGGCUUAAACUACCUCGAAGAGGAGAUCACGGUGGAUGUCAGAGAUGAAUUCUCUGGCACAGUAAGCAAAGGAGACAACCAGAUCCUACAGCACCAUGUCUUGACACGGAUCCACAUACUGAGUUUCCUGUCUGGGCUCGCUGAGUGCCGCUUGGGCCUCAAUGACAUCCUUAUCAAAGGGAACGAAAUCGUCUCCCGGCAGGACAUCAUGCCCACCACCACCACCAAGUGGAUCAGGCUCCAUGAGUGCCGAUUCCACGGGUGCGUGGACGAGGACGUGUUUACCAGUUCCCGGGUUAUCCUGUUCAACCCUUUGGAUGCUUGCCGGUUUGAGCUAAUGCGGUUUAGGACAGUGUUUGCCGAGAAGACCUUGCCCUUCACACUCAGGACAGCGGCGAGCAUUAAUGGGGCGGAAGUGGAGGUGCAGAGCUGGCUGAGGAUGUCUCCCGGCUUCUCUUCUAACCGCGACCCUCUCACUCAGGUUCCCUGUGAGAACGUAAUGGUCCGCUACCCAGUGCCCAGUGAGUGGGUGAAAAACUUCCGCAGGGAAAGCGUUCUAGGGGAAAAGUCUUUGAAAGCCAAAGUGAACCGGGGGGCAAGUUUUGGCUCUGCAGGUGUCUCUGGCUCUGAGCCCGUCAUGAGAGUAACUCUGGGAACAGCCAAGUAUGAGCACGCCUUCAACUCCAUUGUGUGGAGGAUAAACCGGCUGCCAGACAAGAACUCAGCUUCUGGCCACCCACACUGUUUCUUUUGCCACCUUGAGCUUGGCUCCGACCGGGAAGUGCCUUCCAGAUUUGCCAGUCAUGUAAACGUGGAGUUCAGCAUGCCCACGACGUCUGCCUCCAAAGCAGCUGUGAGGUCCAUCUCUGUGGAGGACAAGCCUGAUGUCAGGAAGUGGGUCAACUACUCUGCACACUACAGCUACAAGGUGGAAAUUGAACAAAAAAAGAGUUUGAAGCCAGACUUUGAGGGAGAGGACUUGGAAAACCCAAAGGAAUGUGGGGUACAGUGACAGUGGUCCCUCUCAAGGAACUAAGGAACACUGACUCACAACCGGGCGUCUUCCGAGUAACUCAAGUUUAAGUCAACACCUGCUGUGGCUGCUCCACGCUGGUGGCAGUCUGCCUCUGUUCCUGUGUGCAGUUACCUGCGGGUCACAGGACAUCCUGAGGGGGCUGCUUUCAGUAGCUCCUUGACACUGAGCGGCCUGAAGCGCGUGCGUGCGUGCGUGCGUGCGUGCGCGCGCAGCUGGCUUCUGGAGUUUACUAUGGAUCGAGCCUCCUUGUCUCUCUUUUGCUUUUAUCGUGGCACUGGUAUGUGGUUUGUGGUGACGAUUAGAGACCCGAAAAGAACCUCCAGCAUCAGUGUUGGCACAAUUUGCCCCCAGGACUCACAUGUCACUAGUACACUUCUGGGAAAAGUAGCCUUGACAGUUUAUUAAGAAUCCAUCUCUGUUGCUCCCUCUAAAAAAGAUUCCAAGAAAUUCCUAAGCCAUUUCUUUGGGCCUACUUUUUGAGAUGAUGUCUUCUUCUUCUUUUUUUUUUUUUCAAACAUUGGCAUUCUGCAGCAGAGGUUUUCCAAAUGUUUCCCUUCUGGUUCUGGAUUUGUUCAAGAUUAAAACACCCUUUCAACCUCUCCUCUUCCAUAUGCUAUCCUAAAUCAUGGUGCAUGAAGGGAAAGGCUCUAUCUAAUAUUUUCAAAGUUUUGGAGCUUAAUUAUACAAAUGGACUAGAUUGGAUUCACAGUCUGUUAAAAACAAAAACAAAAAAAAAUUAUUUUUCUUCCCAUGAAAGAAAGGGAACAUUAAAUGUAAGCUUAUAUUCAGUUCAGAAGACAGCUUCAAUCAUAAAAUAUGCCAGAUUCUCCCUGGUCACUUUUAAUUCCUGAAAUACAAGCAUGGCUGUAAUUUCAUGAUUGUAGAAAAGAUGCUUGGAAGUUCUUUUUAUACCGCAUACCAAUGUCUGUUACACAUCUCUUCCCUCAAAAUUUAGAGGAAAUUUAAGCUAUGAUCAUUGUAAAAACUGAGUUUGAGCUUUACCCCAAGUUCCAAGGUUACUAGUUACAGUAUUGUGAAAGUUCAAGAGACGCCAGGUAGUGGCGUCGCACCUUUAGUCCCAGCACUGGGAAGGCAGAGGCAAAUAGAGCUCUGAGGUCAAGGCCAGUCUGGCCUACAGAGUGAAUGCUAGGACAUCCAGGGCUGCAGAGAAAUCCUGUCUUCAAAACAGAACAAAAAGACAGAAGGCCCCAGGGUAGCAGGGCUGGGGAAGCCAGUCUCCCAGGGUCGUGAACGUGAGAUCCUAAUUCCAAGACUCUGGCCAGCCUCCUUUUCCCUCACUGUGCCCACCCUGCCUAUUUGUACCGGCUGCUUCUUUGUACUCUGGUAAAUUCUCUCAUGAAGAAGAAAGUGAGAGUACACAUGCACGUGUCAUCAGACUUGGGGAAUAUAUGGAAAUAAAUAGAAAAUACCUGUAGUUUGGGACUGAAUGAUUCAAGCUGUUUUUUUUUUUUCCAGCUCAUAUUUAGUGAGCUAUGUACUGACUUAGGCAUUAGAAAUCAUUGCAGUGUUUUGAACCAUCUGUUGAACUCUCUAAGCCUUAGAUUGACACGAAAAUGACAAGGUGCAUAGUCCUAAAUGAGAAGACCCGUAUUUUGAGUUUUUAAAAUGUGACCCUUUCAGCACAGAGGUGUGUGUGUGUGUGUGUGUGUGUGUGUUUUGAUGAGAACUAGGGAAACUUGAUAUUAUAGCAGUCCACAUAAAAAUGUUUUCUUGAAGCCGGGCGGUGGUGGCGCACGCCUGUAAUCCCAGCACUUAGGAGGCAGAGGCAGGCAGAUUUCUGAGUUCGAGGUCAGCCUGGUCUACAGAGUGAGUUCCAGGACAGCCAGGGCUAUACAGAGAAACUCUGUCUCGAAAAAACCAAAUCCAAAAAAAAAAAAAAAGUUUUCUUGAGACGUUCAGUUUUGAACCAGGAAGAGAUCACAGAUACUCACAAAGCUAAUGCCUUCUUCCCUCUGUGGAGGUCUUUAACAGCUGUGCAGGAUGCCUUGGCCAGUACACACCUGAAUGGAGGGUUACAUUCAAGUAUAGCUACUGUAUGUUAGGGGAGACAUUAAUAAGUUGACCGUAUCCACAGGCACAGGCAGGUGACCAGGGUUGUAAAGAUCCUGGUUAUAGAAGGAACAGUGUUGGUGGGGGAGGGGGGCAUUGGGGGGAAGCCCUCCUGCAGAACAGAGGGCAGAGCCUCUAAGGGAGUGCAGGGAAGCUGGCAAUAAACAACUCAAGGUUUCUGCUGAACUAUAAAAAGGAAGAGGACUUAGCUUUGUUUUGCAUAACUUCAAAGGUAAAAAGAAAUAGGGACUGAAGAGAACUUUGCAGGUGACAGAUGCUUGCUCAAUAUCAGAGUCUUCUAGGAAAGAAGUGUUCUGAAGGAGAAAGGGUCAAGUAAGAUUUCCUGCUGCAGCAUGUGCCCAAAGGCUAUCACAGCCAUCUCUCCCAGGGUGACAGGGGGACUGUCACGUUGGCUUGGGCAAGAUGACAGGAAAGCUCCUUUUCAAACAAUCUGGAUAGGAAUGACGCUGUCUACCACCAGACAGCCUCUCCUCUGUGUUUUUUGUGCUGUUGGCUGGCAGUGGAGUUCUCGAGAAGAACUUCCUCAAAGAAGUCUGAGUCCUUUCCACUCUUGGAUGAAAGGUCUUGAGAAGCUCAGAUGACCACUGGGCUGAGGACUUGGCCCUGGGUUGGGAGCCCUGGGCUGCUAGCAUGGACAGCACCUGUUUUAUCUUGUCCCUCCCAGACCCUUGGUUAAUCCGCCCUGCCUUGGUGCUUCACCUGAACUGUUUGGAUUUUUUUAAUUUGUUUUGCCUUAAUCAAAAGAUGAAACAAACAAACAAAAAAAAAUCCCCUCUGCACUAUUUAUAUUUAGCAAGCAAUUUAUCACUAAUUUUUCAAUAUAGACCUCUUGGUUCCAUCAAAUUUGGGCCUCCUCUGAUGUGCUUAGGGUCAUUGUGGAUAAUACGUAGGAAAGUGAUUACUGAUAACCUACCUAAAAAACGUAGUUGGGAUAUGCAGAAUGUGUGCUUGCCACAUCAGUCUUCAACUUUUUAUUUUUCUGUGCUUACAAAAAAAAAUCCAAAUCUAUGUUAUCAAUAACGUAAAAAUAUGAAAAGCAGAUUGGUUUUUACCAAUACAGUUAGAACAUAUUAGUUGUCACGUAGUAUCAAAAACUGUUUUUUGUGUCUAGGGCUUCUAUUUCAACUUUAAAGUGAAACAAGACAAAACAAUAAAUACUCGUUCUACGAUGUCAGACAAGAGGUCUGGUCAUGUAGCUCAGUGGUAGAGAACUUGCCCAGCGUGCACAGGGUCCAAUGAGUGUGGGUUCAAUCCCCAGUGCCACAGAAACAAACACCAACAGAAAGGAGUAUUUUGAAGACAGUUCCCUGAAGCCCCUUUGCCAACAUAGUACUGAUUACGCCUUAGGAAACGUUAGCUCCCCUUCUUGCUCCCUGGACUGCUUUUUUAACUUGCUUCCUCAUCUGCCUGAGACCUCCCCACGUUUACUGUGAGGGCUUAUCCUCAUGAGUGUUCCUUAAUUUAAAAGACUUCUUAUUUGAAGUGAGACGAAUCUCUGUUUAGAAGCAUAGUUGGGAUCAGGAGUUUAUGUCCCUAGAAGCUCUGUUCCCUAGAAACAUGCCGACCAAGAGCCUAUUUUAUUCAUUGUGAUUCAGAUGCCUAUAGAGUGUGAGCCAUAGCGGGGCUCAGCCGCUUUAAAUACAUCUAGAUCAAACACUCUCAUUAAAUAAAUGGAAAUUAUUGGCACUUUGACUCCGAGACUACUUAUCCUGUGCUUAGAAAAUAAAUGCAGCUAGCAAGCUGCAUUCAUUUUCUGGAGGACUUAAAUAAUAAUUUUGCUCUGCUUUCAUUUCCACCUCCAGUGUCAUCCAAGUGUCAGGAUGGUGGCACUUAAUGUGUUGCUGAAUCUGACCCACAGUGUCACUUACUCAUAUCAAGAAACACUUCUACUCCACACUCAGAAGUGCAGGGCGCAGGUGCUGUCCACAGUUACGUUAUUGAUUCAGUUUUAUUGCUGCCAAUCACACCUCCUCGCUGUGACAGUGACUCCGUGGAAGAGGCUUACAUCUUAAUGGAGUAUGCAGCCAGUCCUGCUGGGUCAGGUCUUUGUCCUCCCAACUGUAACCAUGGACCAAUGCUAUUGUGCACCUCCUCACAGGAACUGGGAGUCUGAGACAGGAAGGCUGGGGCUCACAGGUGAAAUCAUGAUUUCAAGGCUCAUUUGUAUUCUUAUCAUCCAUUUAAGGGUAGAAAAACAACAGAAUGAGCUGACUUUUUUUUUCUGCCUUAAAAGUCUUGGGAAUUAAUUGUUAUGAGCAGGUAGCGUUGCCAUCCGACAUUUAUAAAUUCCCCGGGUAAAAGGUGGUAAAUUUGUCUCUUCUAAGAAUGGUUGGCUCAAAUUAAUCCUAGCAUGUGUGAAGUUGAGAUUAUGAUAACAUUAGAAUGUGAUAGAGAAUCCAAUCAAAAUUAACAAAAAAUUAAAUAAAAAUCUACCAUCUAGUAAAUGAAUCUUGUGUUAGCACUUCACUACCAUGACAGCAUUUUAUAUAACAUUGGUCAGUAUAUUGCCUCCAUGGUUCUGAUGGGGGUUUUUGAAACAUGACCAGUAUGGCUUUGCCAAUUCCCUGAAAGGGGGUUGUGGAAAUGUCCAUAUAUCAACUAGCCAUGCUAUGCCAUAAAGGUAGAAAAUUUCGGUAGUACUGUGUUCUGGAAAGAUGCAAAUUAAAACUGGACAUACUGAACAACAGACUAAAGAAAAUAAUUUCAGUAUGAAAGGAGUUGGAAAAUAUACAGCAUUGGCCCCAGAAAUUUAAUAUAACCUAAACUGGAGGCUGUCUCUUAACGUAAGAAGCUAUAGGAAGGAAGGGGGCGUGGCAGGGAUAGAGAGCAAAGGUCUCAGGCUCUGCCAGGAUUGCUAAAGUUCUGUUUAAGGUACUGGUAGCAGCCAGCUUCCCUGUGGGGACGAGAGGCCACACACUAAGCUGUAGGAAAUAGCGCUGGUAGUCGUGCUGUGACGGCUCUAUGGAGGAGAAUGUUGGGCUUUCUGUGGCUGUUUAAAGGACACAAGCAUGGAGGCAGUUACUACUGCUAAUUGACCUGUUAUUGUCUUAGUUUCCAGAGAUGAAAGAGAGAGUGCUGAGAGUUUGUUUCUCCAGGUUGUUUGUUUCUCCAGCAACGGUUUUAGGAGUCGUUUCACCAAACAUCCUUUCCUGCCACGUUUUGUCCAUAGUCCAUGUCAGUUUGAUUCUUAACGAUUUUUACGUUUAAGAACCAAGAAGUUUAAAGUAGGAAAGUUGAGACCAGCUAGUUUAUCUUUCUCCUGCUCAGCACCCCCUCCCUUCCCUCCCUCCCUCCCCCUCCCCUCUGCUCUGAUGUUGGAAAUGCAUGAAAGCCCCCCCAUCCUCUGUUCCGCUGUUGACUUCAGAAUACCAGUUAAAUAUGAAGGUCAAAGGGCGGUCUCCCAAGUGGAUACUGAGGUGUGAAUACCUCAGUACCUCCAAGUUAAAGAUGUUAGGAUGUAGGAUGCUGGAAUGGUCUGUGGUCUAUAGAAGACCAUAGGAAAGGGGGAAACAAGCUAAUCUGGAGCCAUCUGCAAUUAUAGCAAAGCCAAAAUGAGAGUAAAGGCCAGUCACUGUACAUAAAAAUGUAUUUUUUUUCCUUAAUAGCUUCUCUGUGUGUUGUGUUUGAAUAUGUGUUUAGUUUCUUUUGUGGGGGUUAUACUUACUCAGAAUGGAUCAGUUCUACUGGUCAGAUGGAAUUCCAGCAUCCCCUCCUGGUUCAUUCCUAUGUUCUGCCUCAGAUGAAACCCCAGUUCUCACUGUGGACACUAGCUACACUGUGGCUAAAGCCUUAAGCGUCCAUCAUUGCUCCUGCCUGUGUGCUUACAGGGAGCCUGGACAGCACCAGUUCUGUGAACACAGAUGAACCCUUAGCUCCCAGCAUCAGCCUGUUGGGUUUAAGGGUUUUCAGGAACGGUGCAUGAGUGUCAUUCUCCCCUCAGCCAGCAUUCGUUUAUCUUUUAUGGUCACUUGCCAGCAGAAACUGGGCAACCCUUUGCCGUAUUCAGAAGGUUAAUCAGGAUCAGUGUUUGAGAUGGGAGAGCAUCCCUCCUCACCCUCCAUGUUGGUCCAUAUGAAUUUCAGGGUGUCGGUGGUUGCACCCAAGAUCCAGUGACCGCCUUGACAGUUCUGAGGCUUGUCAUUCCCCGUCACUUGUCAGUCAUCCUCACUCAGUGUAAGUUCUUGCACUAUUGUGGCUCGUUUUAUGUAAAACCAGUUAACUUUAAAAAGAAUGUGCCUAUGUAAUAAAGUCCACACACUGGCUAUUUCUGUAGAGGUGAUGUUUUGUUCUAGAUGUUUUGCUGAAUAAUCUGUAAUACCUUUUUGGGGCUAUGAAAAGGAAGUAUUAAUAAAAAAUUUAAGCAAAGUGA